AUGCCAAUGCUCAAAGAUCCCUCCACAAAAUACAAGCCGUUCCCGCCAGUACACCUGCCGGACCGCCAAUGGCCCAGCAAGACCAUCACCAAGGCGCCGCGGUGGCUGUCGACGGACCUGCGCGAUGGCAACCAGAGCCUGGUCGACCCCAUGAACGGCGACGAGAAGUGGCAGUACUUUAAGAUGCUGACCGACCUGGGCUACAAGGAGAUCGAGGUCUCCUUCCCCUCCGCCUCGCAGACCGACUUCGACUUCACCCGCCGCCUGAUCGAGACCCCCGGCGCCGUCCCCGACGACGUCUACCUGCAGGUCCUGUCGCCCUGCCGCGAAGACCUGAUCAAGCGCACCAUCGAGUCGGUACACGGCGCCAAGAAGGCCAUCAUCCACAUCUACCUCGCCACCAGCGAGUGCUUCCGACGCAUCGUCUUCAACUUCACCGAGGAGGAGUCCCUGGAGCUGGCCACCCGCUGUGCGCGCCUGGUCCGCUCGCUGACCAAGGACAGCCCCGACCCGGCCGUGCGCGCCACCGAGUGGGCCUUUGAGUUCAGCCCGGAGACCUUUUCCGACACCCGCCUGGACUUUACCGUGCAGGUCUGCGAGGCGGUCAAGGCCGCCUGGGAGCCCACCGUCGAGCAGCCCAUCAUUUUCAACCUGCCGGCCACCGUGGAGAUGGCCACGCCCAACGUCUACGCCGACCAGAUCGAGUACUUUAGCCGCCACAUCUCCAACCGCGACACCAUUUGCAUUUCCCUGCACCCCCACAACGACCGCGGCUGCGCCGUCGCCGCCGCCGAGCUGGCCCAGAUGGCCGGCGCCGACCGUGUCGAGGGCUGUCUGUUUGGCAACGGCGAGCGCACGGGCAACGUCGACCUGGUGACCCUGGCUCUGAAUCUGUACACGCAGGGCGUCACGCCCAACAUUGACUUCUCGGACCUGAACCGCGUCAUUGGCGUCGUCGAGGUCUGCAACAAGAUCCCCGUGCACCCGCGCGCGCCCUACGGCGGCUCCCUGGUCGUCUGCGCCUUCAGCGGCUCGCACCAGGACGCCAUCAAAAAGGGCUUCCAGGUGCGCGAGAAGGGCGGCCUGGACGCCACCGACCGCUGGCAGGUGCCGUACCUGCCCCUGGACCCCCACGACAUUGGCCGCGACUACCAGGCCGUCAUCCGCGUCAACUCGCAGAGCGGCAAAGGCGGCGCCGCCUGGAUCAUCCAGCAGUACCUGCACCUCGACCUGCCGCGCGGCCUGCAGGUCGACUUUUCGCAGACCGUCCAGCGCAUGGCCGAGACCCGCGGCCGCGAGCUGCUGCCCGUCGAGAUCACCGAGCUGUUUGAGACGACCUAUUUCCUCAAGGAGAACCGCCGCUUCGGCCUCGUCGACUACAAGAUCCUGCCGGACCGCUCCACGAGCCCCGCGCCCCCCGCGCCCGGACGCACCCAGGACACCAAGAACAUGAAGCGCGUCUUUGACGGCGUCCUGCUGAUCAACGGCGAGGAGCACCACCUGUCGGGCCGCGGCACGGGCCCCAUCUCGUCGCUGGCGGCGGCGCUGAAGCCAAUUAUCGGCACCGACUUGGAGGUCCACGACUAUAAGGAGCACGCCGUCGGCCGCGGCCGCGAUGUGCGCGCCGCCACCUACAUCGAGUGCACCACGGGCACGAACCAAAAAGUGUGGGGUGUUGGCCUGCACGAGGAUGUCCUGACGAGUUCCCUGCACGCCGUCCUGAGCGCCGCUUCAAAUUUCAUGGCUAGCCAGCCCGGCACGCCGCAGGUGGCCCGCCCCGUGCCGCAGCGCACUCUCAGCAAAGAGCUGGACCUGGCGAACGGCAACGGUGCCGCCGCCACGGCCGACAAGCCCCAGAUUAUCCAGAGUCUGGAGGCCCAGGCCGAGUCCAUGUUUUAG